AGCUUUUAGUACUUCAGAGUGGUUGAUCGAUGGUCCAGCGCGGAAUUCUUUUGAUUUUGAUGAAAACUUUUGGCCAUUUGUCUAGCUUAAAACCUGAUCUGGUAUGCCUAAGCGUGGGGCUGAAGCCAGAGUGGGAAACGAGGAUUCAAGUGGCCAUGGUGUGUAUGGUUUCAUCGGAGAUUUGAUUCGCGAAGGAAAAGAUGCCAAAUUUGUGAAUAAAAAGGGGCGCUAUGUCCUAAACUGGUCCAGUACCUUGGAGCGCUAUGCCAUCUACAAAUCCAAGAAAAAUCCUCAGUUUAAAAGCAAGAACAUUAACAGGAGGAAGGCUAGCAAUGGUCUGAGGGCAGCCUUGCUCAACAUUUACAAAAAAGAUGGAGCAAAAGAGUACAAAGAAAGCAAAAAGAUCAAUGACAAGGAUGAAGUCAUAGAGAGACAGUUCCAGAUGCCACCUAAAGUGUUUCAGUCACUCUUUGGAUCUAAAGUGGAACUUUCAGAUGACAGUGAUCACGAGACAAGCAGCACAUCUUCAGAGGCUGAUGAGAAACUGCAAGCGUCACCUGAUGUAGGCGGGUCUCCUGACACAAGCGACACAGGUUUUGAGGAAGCCAUGGAUGUCUCUGAUGAUUUGCUCAACAUGAAUGCAACUGGUACAGCACUCCAGGACAACAUCAAGAGAGAGGAUCCUGUUGAUCUAACAAAUAUCGAAACUCCAUCUCAGAUAUUUGGCAUUUCUGCUGAAGAUUUAGACUCAGCACUGGAGGAAAUCUGUACCAACUCAGAUAAUGAUGUGGACCAACCUGGAGUGGUUCAAGAUAUUUCCCCAUCAUCAGGCUCUGUGAAGGGUGGAAUUCAGUUCCAUAUAAUGUUGACAGAGGCACUGCUUGAAAGUGACACAAGAGGUGUGGCACACUUUGAUGGAGUAGGUGAUGUCUUUUUGGAGAAGACCAACCCCUACACCUUCUCUGGGUUUGUUCCAGCUGCCCAAGAAGCUGGACCUGUUCUUAUUACAGUCUACACUGAGGCUGGUCGAAAGCUGGGAAUUACAUACUUUAUGUAUGUGGAUGAGAUGCGGGAGACCUUAAAACAGCUCAUUAAGGACCCUGCUCAACUAUCAUUAUUCCUAACCAUGUGGUCCCAGGCACAUGGAAUCAUUGGAAGCAAUAGUGAUGUUGCACAGACUCUGGGUCUGUUUGGUUUACCAGACCAAGGCCCAUUGCCUGAUGCUAAACAGGGGCAGUCUCUUAAAGUCCUUCAGCUACUUGUUUAUACUGCUGCUCAGGAAGAUGCUCAACAGUUUUUACAAAUGAUCUUCAGUACCUCUGCUGGAAAAAUUGUCUUCGACAGUUACAAGGAUCGAACGCCUCUGCCAGAGGAUGUUGCAAGAGCCAAUGGCCAUGACGAUUUGGCAGAGUUCUUACAAGAUGUAAACAAGAGAUUGUCAAAAGAACAUGACAGUAAUAGUGUUGCUUUGGGUACAAGUGACUGGUUAGAGUUAGUCCAAGCAGUUGACAAUAUUCAGAAACAGACUGUUUCUAAUGAUGAACGAGAAUCAUCAAGAAUGCAACCUAAGGAUGAUGAUAACCAAAGUGACUACUUUGCUGAUGCUGAAACUUCUUCUUGUGGUUCCCUUGAACUUAUUGGUGACUGGUCUGAUUUAGAAGAAGAGAAUGGGGCUUGCACAAAAGAUGAAGACUGUGAGAAUGCAACAAUUGAAACUGGUAUUGAUAAUUGUGCGUCAUUGCUUCGCUAUCCCCAAGAGGAACAUCUCAGGAUUUCCUUAGGAUUUUCGGAAGAAAAUGAAGCUACUGAGGAAUCUUUUGAGGAUGAAACCCAAUUGGGUAAUGGUAAGGACAACAUUGAGAGUCCUAGCAUCUGUGAGGAGUCCUCCGUUGUGAACUUCCCAGCUAAAAUAAAGUUGCGUCAAAGGAGUAGCUUCUUUUCAUUGCCCAUCGGUAGACCCGCUUUAUUUUCAAGGCAUCAAGAGACUUGUUUCCUCCAAGCUGAAGAAAUGGGAUCAGUGAGCCAAAAGAAGGGAACUGAAAGGAGAGAUGACAGCGAUUCAGAGCAUAAAUAUGCAACAGAAUCCUUACGUCAGGAGAAAACGACCGAGCUUUACAUAUCCCGAGAGGAAUUUCCCAAAAAUUCGUCACGAUUUUCUGAAGAAAAUGCCGCUACCGAAGAAUCUUUUGAAGAUGAAGCCGUGUUUGGUAACUGUCAGGACGACAUUGAGAGUCCUAGCAUCUGUGAGGAGUCUUCUGUUGUGAACUUCCCAGCUUACAAAAGGCUACCUCUACUGCGUAGCUUCUUUCAAUGGCUGUCCAGAAGAGAAGAUGAUUUAUCUGCAGAGCAGCAAGAUGUGUGUUCCCUCCAAGCUGAAAGAAUGGGAUCAGUGAGCCAGAAUAAGGGAACUAAAAGGAGAGAUGACGGUGGUUCAAGGCAAAAAUAUGCAGCAGAAUCCUCGCGUCAGGAGAAAACGACUAAGUCAAAAAAACAUCGACAACGCGGCCACUGGAUAAAGUUUGAGACAGCCUCUCGUGUGAGUUAUAUUCUGUUAACCGCUGCUUUGGUGACAGUAUUAGCAGGAAUCAAGCUUGGAGAGAAUCAAAUUCUGCAUUGGGCCGUUGGUAAUGGAUACACUCAGUUCUCCAAACUUCUACUGAAGUGUGGGCUGAAUGUGGAUACUCCAAAUUCCCGCAUGGAAACUCCUCUUCAUGUAGCAGCAAAAUUCGGCUUCAGAGAUAUCGCAGAUGUUUUGACCAAACUAGGAGAUAACGUCAACGCUAAGAGUUACCAACAGCAGACACCCCUUCACUUGGCCGUAUGGAAUGGUCACCAACAAAUUGCAGCAAUGCUAUUACAACGUGGAAGCGAUUCCCAACGAGGAGAUGUGUUUGGACGUACUCCAGCUCAUCUGGCUGCAAUACAAGGACAAGAACAAAUGCUUAAAAUGUUAAUAUUAACUCAACGUGGCAGUGCUUUGAAGGCUAGAGACAACUUUGGACGGACUCCCCUUCAUUUAGCUUCGGUUAAAGGAAUUGAGAGAUUGGUGGAACUCUUAAUUCGACAUGGGAGUGAUUUAAGUGCUCGAGAUAACUCCCAGAAAACUGCGCUUCACUUGGCUGCAGAGAGUGGACAGGAUACCAUUGUACACUCCUUGAUAAUGCAUGGAGGUGAUAUCCAGGACGGAGAUCUCUUUGGCCAGACACCUCUCCAUUUGGCUGCUCAGACUGGGCGCAAAAACGUUGUGAAAUUACUUCUAGAACUUGGAAGCAUUGUUGGUGCAGUAAAUGUGUUUAAGCAAACCCCUCUUCACUUGGCUACAGAGAGUGGAGAGAACGGAUACAAAGACAUUUUGAAGGAGUUGAUACAGCACGGCAGUGGUGUCAAUGCUGCAAAUAUAUUUGGACAAACAGCACUUCAUUUGGCUUCUCGAAAAGGACAUAAACGCAUCGUAGAGGUCCUUGUACAACAUAAAAGCCAAGUAUCAGCCUUAGAUAUUUCACGCAAGACUGCUUUGGAUUGCGCUGUUGAAAGUGGCCAUCGUGAGAUCGUGGAAUUUCUUGAUCUCUCUUCAAAACGCGGUAAAAGUCGCUCUUUGGGAUCUUUGACGAGAGUUCAACGCGAUGUUAACAUGAAUUAUAUUUCUAAACAAACACCACUGCAAAUCAGACAAGGUUCCCUCCAAGUUGGUACACCGAAGAAUGGAAGCAACGAGUUUAAUGGAAACAAGCAUCGAAGUACCAUUAAUGCCUCAAGUUUAUCGCCCUCUUUCCAUACAACGAUACCGUCAGACACUAUUACAAGCACCUCGAACGACAGCUAUGAAUGUGUUCCUCAUGACUUUAUUUAUUUGCUCCCGCCUUGUUUCGUCGCAUGCAGACAGAGAAGAGGUGUAAAAAGAGAUGAAUACAAUCUUGAACUGAUAUCAUCAAACAUACCCAUCUGUUCGCAAAAACACAUGCAAGUGUUGAAGAAGAAACUACAACAAGCGUGCCACUACCGCAAACCAGACAUAGAUGGAGAUGUAAGCAGUGGGCCAAGCUUUCUCGAACAUUUUGGACCAAAUGUCUUCAAUCUGAGCUGCCAUGACUUUCGGCGAGGCCACAAAUGCUCCGGUUGCUUUGUUGCAGAUGAAGCGAGAGGCAGGCCAAAAAGGGUUAUGGAACAAGACGAAAACAUACGUUAUGCAGAACAUGAUCUUGAAUGUUCCACAAAUUCCCCCGAAUUUCUCGUAAAACAAGUUAAUUUAUACAAAGAGCUAUCAGCGGAUUUCGUAUGUCGAUGCGUCAUGAUUCGAGUUCUCCAACGUUUGAAAAAUUUCUCAUUUCUGCGUCCUCGCCAGCUCUGGUGUGAUCGAUUUGAAACAUUUCAUCCGUCUGAGCAAUGCGGAAUCGAUGGUUCGCAACAACCAGCUUGCAAGGGAAAUGGCUGUAAAGAGUGGACACUUGCUUGUAAGACUGAGAAUGCCGCCAGAGAAAGACUAGCCAUUUACAUCAACACCAAAAGAGUGAAACGCUCGCAGAUUGGUGUGACAUUUACCGCUUUAAAGACUGAGAAUGCCGGCGGAGAACGACAAGCUACUCUCCACCAGUUUAACAGAGUGUUUCCUCUGCUAGUCACAAUUCAAUUUGCGCUGAUCUUUUUUCUCGUGUUUUUCACGACUUAUGUAUGGUAUACAGUCGCCAAUAUGUCUCCAAAAUUUACAGGUUUCAAGCCCUCUUCAGCUACGUUUUUUAUUCUACCUACCUCAAAACCCCCAGCAUCCACCAACUCGUCAAAUGAUGUCAGUUGGAUACAUAGGAAAAACGAUCCACUUGAUGGACGCAUUUGGACAAGCAAGAGAGCAAACCAGCAGUUGAUGAAAGAACCACUGAACAUAAAAGGAAAACAGAAAACAUAAGUUAUGAAAGAGGUAUGAAAUACACACAUUUCAAAAGUCAAGUUUGACAUGACAUUGAGACUGUUAAUUCCAAAGAGCCAGAUUUAUCUGCAGCUAAUGGAUUGCAGCCUGAGAAAAACUUCUUUUUGCUUUUAUUUCUGGGCUCAAAAGUUUUCAAAGCCUUGAAGAGACAAAUAGAUAGAUGUUUGCAUCUGUGUACUUAAGUCAGAAUUUUACUUAAAGACUAUGCAGUUAUACAUAUGCUUUUUUCAAAACCAAAAACUGUGUCCAGCAAUUAAUAGAAUAAGACAAAGAAAUGUCUCGAAAAAAAUUUUCUUCUCCUCUUGAAAUAGUUUGGGAAAGAAAUGGAGAAAUUAAUAAAAGCGAGAACAUUUGUACAUAUGAGCACCUCAGAAGGUGAAAACGUUUUUAGAUUCUUUCUUGGAAUGAAGAAAUUUGCAAUAAUAAAUAAAAUAUACCAAAAUUA